CGAAUGUUGCAGCCACCAAAUCUGUGGAACUCAUUCACGGGUAGCUCCUAGACCCCAUCCCUGGACUUGUAUGAAUACCGGUAAGCAGCAGAAGCCAGUGCUAACCGGCCAGAGGUUCAAGACCAGAAAAAGGGAUGAAAAGGAGAAGUUCGAGCCCACAGUGUUCCGAGAUACCAUUGUUGCUGGUCUGAAUGAGUGCGGGCGUGACCUGGAGGCCGUGUCCAAGUUUUUAGACGUGACUGGAUCUCGGGUGGACUACAGGAGAUAUGCGGACACACUGUUCGACAUCCUCAUCGCCGGGAGCAUGCUUGCUCCAGGGGGCAGCCGUAUCGAUGAGGGGGACCAGUCUAAGGUGACAUCGGCCUGUGUGUUCAAUGCAGAGGAGAGUCACGCUGCACUGCGCCUGUAUGCCCAGGUUUUCAAUAAACUCAUCCGGAGGUACAAGUAUUUGGAAAAGGCCUUCGAGGAGGAGGUGAAAAAGCUGCUGCUCUUCCUAAAGGCCUUCAGUGAAUCGGAGCAGACCAAACUGGCCAUACUCACAGGCAUUUUACUGGCCUCCAACAUCCUGCCCCCAGCCAUCCUCAGCAGCCUGUUCACCGAGAGCGUUGUCAAAGAAGGGAUCUCUGCAUGUUUCGCUGUCAAGAUGUUCAAGUCAUGGAUCGCAGAGAAAGACGCAAACUCAGUGACCUCUUCCUUAAGGAAGUCCAGCCUGGACAAGAGACUGUUGGAGCUGUUCCCUCCCUCUAAGCAGAGCGUGGAUCACUUCUGUAACUACUUCACUGAGGCCGGACUUAAAGAGCUCUCAGACUUUCUGAGAGUGCAGCAGAGUCUGGGCACACGCAAAGAGCUGCAGAAGGAGCUGCAGGAGAGAUUGGACCACAAUCUGCCCAUCAAAGAGAUGGUGCAGUAUGUGAAGGAGGAGAUGAAGAAGAAUGAUCUGCAUGAGCCUGUGGUGAUGGGCCUGCUCUGGACGUGUCUGAUGAACGCUGUGGAGUGGAACAAGAAGGAGGAGCUGGUGACCGAGCAAGCCCUCAAACAUCUCAAACACUAUGCCCCCCUGCUGGCCGCCUUCAGCUCUCAGGGUCAGUCUGAGCUGGUCCUGCUGCUGAAGAUCCAGGAAUAUUGCUACGACAACAUCCACUUCAUCAAGGCCUUCUCAAAGAUCGUGGUGCUCUUCUACAAAGCUGAUGUGCUGAGUGAGGAGGCCAUCUUGAAGUGGUACAGAGAAGCACACUCAGCCAAAGGGAAGAGUGUCUUCUUGGAGCAGAUGAGUAAAUUUGUGGAGUGGCUCUUGAACGCUGAAGAAGAGUCUGGAUCAGAGGGAGAGGAAGGCUGAAAGUAACAUCUAUCCUCUGGGGAAUCUCCAUACAAGUUUUUGGACAUAGGGCCUUUGUUAUGCUUUGGAAAACAGAUAUAACAUUUUACAACAGCAUUUUAAUAUGACAAUGUUUUAACCUUUUUGUGAAUAAAGUGAUUUUAUAUUUAUAAUGUAUUACGUCUUUUAAUCACUAUAGCUUUAAAGGGGCAUUAUGUAACUUUUCUGGUAGGGAGGUCUCGAUAGUGCUGCAAUUGCUUUGUCUGGAAUGUCCCACAGUAUGGCAUUAAACGUAAUUACAGGUAUUUAUGCUCCCUUCAUGUGCUAUGGGAAUUAUGGUACACUACUUUCAGAUUGGCAAA